CAUGUCUUGAACGCUGCCCGCUUUCCUACCUUCCCAUAAUGCUUCACUGUGUUCGCCAGCUGACAAAUGCUGUUCUUGAAGUGCAGCUCACGCGCGGAGAGUAGCAAAGUAGCUUCAGCCAGGGAUUUUUUUAAUUUUUUUAUCCCGUUUACAAAUGUGAAUUUUUUUAAAGAUAUAGUUUGGCGUUUUAUGGUACUAGCAGAUGGGGUCUUGAACAAGAUGUUGGGUGGGACUCACUGUUGAAUUGGACGUUUCUAAAMCCCCCCCACUCCUUCCCGUUUGGUUGCUAUGGAGCAACCACAUGGGGACUCAGAUUUACAGCCCCAAGACCUCUCUUCCACCCGUAGCCUCCCUGCUGCUAUAGACCUGACCAGAAAAGGUGAGGAUUGCCUCGUAAAAGUGAACUCCAUGAAGGCCCUACAGGUGGUCAAGCCUCCAAGCUGGUACCCAGGCUCUGGGAGCAGCAAGGGACUCUCCUUCCCAGAAACUGACCCCAACCACAGGCUUCAACCAGGAGACCAGAUCCAGCCGAAUGAUGCCUUCUCCAACACUACAGUCACGCUCUCCUAUGUAAGCAGGUCUCAUAUCUUUUCCACUCAUGACUCUCUCUCUCACCAUUCCUCUCUCUACGGCGUACCAUCAAUCAGCAAGUUCUCAACAAUGGAUGGCUACCUGCAGCAGAUGGACAGGCCUCUAAGCUUAGCGCCUCAGUCUGAAAUGUUUGACUCUAUGCCUCCAGCCCAGGUGAUGGCUGAGAAUGUGGCAGGGGUGUGUCUGAUGCAGCAGUGUCAUGAAAUCAACAGCAGUCGAGUUGCCAGUAAUGGAAGAGUGGAGAAAUACAAUCCUCAUCAGAGAGCGAGUUCAAUGGAACACAGUCUUUCUCAGGACGCAGACAACAAUGCAGGACUGCASAAUGGGAGGAGUAGUAGCAGCAGCAGCUGGUCUCAUUCUGCAAUAUGUAUUGAUUCCUCUCCAGAGCCUCUCAUUACAGACAUGGAGGAGGAAGGACAGAGGGCUGACUCAGAGGUUCUCUUUCUCAUCUCAUCUAGAACGGAGGAGCCUGUCCUCAUCCAGGACAGCAUGAGUCCCAGGGACCUGUGUUCUCAUAGUAGGGAGUAUAUCAGUCCUCUGGAGGACACGGUCUCUCCCUCUGCUACCUCACUGGAUGACGUAGAGAAUGUGUUCAUUCUGCCGCAGGCCUCCUGCUCACCCAGCUUUGAAAAUGAUGGUGAUAAUGCAUCAAUGUUAGAUACCAGCAAGGACUACCAGCAGCCAGGACAUAAACCCAAGGCAGAUUCAGAGCCUAUUGUUGACUUGACAGAAGACAAGAGCACUCUGCCAGAGGUUUUAGAAAAUAAACCAAAGGAGACGACUGCUUCCCACUUGAAUGGUAAUGCAAAGGCAGAGCAGAGGACUUUUGAGAGGAAACAACUCCCCCCUCGCUCUGGCAGGGGAACUAGGUUAGAGGCCAUAGUGAUGAACAUAAACCCUAACUGGUAUAAAGUAUCCACUAAGAAGCCCAAGGCCUCAAAGACCCAAACCCAGCCUCCGACAAAUCCCCAGACUCAGAGCAGUCCAUCUAAAGCCGAUGUUAGUCCUAACAAACAGACCUCAUCUGUAGGGAAGAAGAAAGUCCAGAAUAAAGCAGCAUCUAGCUCAGAGGGAGAGACUAAAGUAAAGGCAGCUGCAACGAAAGGCCGGAUGGAUAGCAUUAACAGGAACACAGACAGUUGUAAAGAGUCUCCAUCAGAUUCUGAACACACCUGUUUUUCCAAAUAUCCACACAACCACAGCACAUCUCCAAAAACCUCCAGCCCACCCUUUGCUCCAGUCAAAGAUUCGGAGAAGGAGUCGGCACACAGAGAGUCAGAUCCCGAGCCCUCUGAGGUGGAUGUACUGACUGUAUCACUGCCACUUAAAACAUCUCCAAAAAGCCCUGGGAAGCAUAAAGCGAAGACUGCAUGCAGGGAAGCAUCUUCUCCCACAGCCAAAACAGCAAAGGCAACCCCCGCUCCCAAGAAGAAACGGAAGAAACCCAGACUGGGCAAGUUUUCCUCUAUUUUCUCCCCUCAGGAGCCUGAGAUAAAACUGAAAUAUGUCAACUACAAGGAGGAGAAGAGGGAUAUGAGGAGGGACACAUUCUCUCCUUUCAUCCACAUGGGCCUUAAACCCUCCUCCACCUCCCCUGCCAACUGUACUGUCAUUAACUACCCUGAGGAGGAGAAGCCCAGGCAGAAGAAGGGUCAGGGGCAACAGCAGGCUGGAGGCUCAGGGUCUGGGGGUUUCAUCCCUGGGGCUGUACCCUCCACCUCCUGCCUCCAGCUGGGCCGCAUCUCCACCCAUAGCCAAUACCACAGCUCCCUGGUCUGCUGCCUCUGUAGAGGCUCGGCUAACGCCAUGGACCUGGGGGACCUCCACGGACCCUACUACCCUGAGGGAUACAGACCCAGCGCUAAACCCCCUGCUAGGACCCCAGGCCUCAAAGAAGAGGAGGAUUUCAGUGACUCUGACUCGUCCUGCAGCGUAAGAGGCCGGGGCAGAAAGUGUGCUCGGCCCCCGGGGGUACCCUGGCCCCACAAACCAGGUCCACGGCUGAACCAGGAUGGCCUGCUGGGGAGGUGGACUAGUGACAGCGACCCUUCAGGCAGCCCUGCAGCAAAGAGGGCCAGGAUUGAGAAUGGGGCUGGGGUUACAUCUGAGGCUGCAGUAGAGGACUGGUACAGCCCCCCUGUGGUGCCUCUAGACCAGUGUGAGUACUGGCUCCACGAGGACUGUAGCAUCUGGUCUGCAGGUGUGUUCCUGGUGAAGGGGAGGGUCUACGGUCUGGAAGAGGCGGUCAAGGUGGGUCAGGAGACGACAUGUUCUCGCUGCCAUAACCCGGGUGCCACGUUGGGCUGCUUCUUCAAAGGAUGCCUCAACAAGUAUCACUACAGGUGUUCUCUACAGUCAGACUGUGUCCUCAAUGAAGAGAACUUCUCCAUGAAAUGCACCAAGCACAAGAACAAGUCAUUCAAAGGCCCUCCUGGGAACAGAAGAGAUGACAGGUGACACAACCAGGACACAGACUACACAUGGGCGUUCCGCAGGGUUUCUCCUAUGAGCCCGGUAACCAUGGCGACACUGGAACACUGUCCUCUGAUUUGAAAGCUGGCUUUCUACUCCUCCUGCUACUUGUCCUGUUGCCUUCAACAAGUGAUACACUGUGCUGCACAAACUAUGCAGAAGACCACGGCUGUCCUAAUGUCCUGUUACCUCUGUCCUUCUCAUGGGACUGGACAGGUUACGGAGGCUGCUAGAUGGGCCAAUGGCUGAACAGAACAGAGGAGUUGGAUGCGGGGCCCAAAGCCAAGGUCACCAUUAGAAAAGAGAUGUGUUCACGUCGCUUACAGUGGCAUGCUAAGCAUGUGCUAUUGUUUUGUAAUUAUUUAUUAGGAAAAAGGAUUCUCCCCUUUUUUUUCUUUUUUUUGUUGAAAUGUUGACAAUACAAUUGGAGAUAUUUAAUUUUAUAAAGAUUUGUWAAUAUGUGAUUUAUARAUUGCUUAUUUAUUUUUGGGGAAUUUUGUUGCUUUUGUUUUUGCUUUGCAAUUGACCUGGAGGUGUGUUUGUUAUUGAAGGCCGGUUGGGUCGUGUUAUUUGACGGGUCAAAUAGGGUUAUUUAACCUGUAUGUUUUUGACACGCAACGACCCGAACAGACUUCCAUAGUUUGUGUGUGUCUUAAGUUAUUAGUAAGAACCAAUGCUAAAUAUUCGACUAGAGGAAGUGAUGGUCGGAGAGGGGUGGUGUGGAGACAGUACUGAAAGUUUCUCUACAGAACCAUUUCUGAUUACAAUACAGGUACUUGAUAAUAUCUAUUCAUAAAGACCAUACUUUGCUACAAGACUCAGUUGACAGGUUUAUUCUUAUGUGAUGAAAAUAAUACCGGAUUCAUCUGAUUUUAGUUCUGAUUUACAGUAGGCAAGGUGUGCAUUUCAACUGAUUUUACUUGCACUAUGUUUUGUAAGCACAUUUGUAUAGUGGAUAUGAAGAAUUGAGGGAACUGUAGCUUGUGUGUAUUGUUCAUUCAUCCUGUGACUACUUCCUCUAAAGAGGAUGGAAGUUGCUGAAAGCACUUAGGAGAGGCACUUGCCGUGGCUGCAGUAUUAUCUCCAAAGCGGACUCACCCUGGCCUGUAGCAUCUAAUUCAGGCACUGCCCCACAUAGUUGUUGGUAUCUUCAGUAGAGAGAACUUGUUCAUCUGUUUUCAUUCCAUUGACACCAUUCCUGUAUUUAUCUCACUGACACAGCUGUCUGAGACUGAAGUGAUUGGUCCACACCUUCAUUACCGGUCAUCUGCUCUUGGCUUUCCUCUUCUGUUUUUUUACUGAGACUAAACAAAUUAUUUUUCUUCUAGAAUUACAUUUACAACGAUAAUGCAAGCCAAUACUGCCAAUAGCUUACACAUGCAUUAUUUGUUUGAACAGGGGUACAUGCUAGGACCAUUCAACCAUCACAUGAUGUAAACUGACUUGAUUUUAGAUGACCUCUGUUGUCUGUAGAAUUCCAACAAGUAUAGGCCGAAGCGCUACAGUCAGUCUAGUUUCUAACCAUCGACCACAUUUUGGGCUUUACAUCAACCUUUAUCAGGUAGCUGUUGAUUUGGUCAGAAUGGUCAUCUUCAACCUUCUCCAUUAACCUGUCUGUCUGAAGUCGAACCCUCGGCUGAACUCUCCUAAAGCCUUAGCACUGCUACUAGACCUCUAGAUUGUCCUACUCAUCUUCACCAGCUUUGUUGCAAAGACAAAUCAGUGGGUGUCCAGUACAUUGCCUUCUGUUGGACAUCCACACAGCUAACCAGGGCAGCUCGAAUGCUCCUGCUGCUGCAGAUGUAAACCAAGCAGGUCUGAUAGACUGUACAUUUAGAGAUGUCACUGUGGUUGGUUAAUGUAGGUUGCGCUGCCUGGCGGUUAGUUUCUAUGUGUACUUUUCCAUAGUGACAGCAGAGGCAGUGCUGUUCUAUCUGAGACCAGUGAAGUCUACAGGGAGACCGAACAGCAGUGACGGUGAAUGUUACAGUAGGCCGCUCCCCGGGAGAGGAUUCCUCACACAGCAGGAGAUACACGUGUGUGUCUGUACCAAUAUCCACAUUAGUAUAGCACCUAGAAUGAAGCAAUGUAUUGGGCAUGAAUUCUAAGUGGUAUGACUAUUGGAAUGUAGCUAGCUACACAUAAAAACCUCUUCUUACCUCCAUAUCUGGUUAUAUUGUGCCAUCUGUCGUUUAUGUAUGUACUGCAGUGAAACAGAUUUAGUCAAAUACUUAGCAAAAUGAGCACCAAACGCUCUGCUGUUCCUUAUUGUCAUAGCUGCUUUAUUUAAUCAAACUGAUGCAUUGUACCAGAUGGGGCAUUUGGAUUGUUAUUUUCAUGGUUGUAAAAUGGGUUUGGUUUGUAAUAUUGUUUUCAUGUCUAAAUCUCAGGGCUGGGUCUCAAUUAUUCAAAUGAUUUGUGUUUUUGUUCUGACCUAUGAAAUGUUAUCACACAUUGACUGGAGCAAUGCUAACAGUAGCAGGAUAUUGAUCAUCACAGCAGAGGCUAUGUGUUGGCUACUAUAACCUUUUCUUUACAGUCUACUGGUUAAACCUGUUCUUGAUACAGUUGUCAGUCAGUUGUGUUAUGGGUAACGUUUGACAAGGCUGCCAAUGUCACRUCUUUCCAUCUUUAUUUUAAGGUGACUUUACAGGUGUUAUUUUGUACUGUUUACCCCUGGCUAACAGAGCUAGAUGUAACUGUAAAAUAAAUAUUUUGUUGCACCCCUUUU